AUGUCCAAAGGUGAUUUCAACGAAGGACAGAUCCUUGCGAUCGUCGUCGAUGAAAAGUCUUCUUGUGCUUGGUUCAGUCACAGUGACGAACGAAGAGGAAUAAAAUCAUUGUUUCAUCGUAGGCUCAUUAGAAACGACGACAUUAAAUAUUCUGAAGAUAGAACUGUUCUGUUAUGGUACACGAAAGAAUUGACAGUAAAAGAAAAGAGAUCUCUACGUGUUAAUAUAGAAUUUGAUCAUGCAACUUUAGUACGUUGGUCUCCUGAUGGAAAAGCUUUCCUCAUACAUAAAGCUGUAGCAAAUACUAUCGAAGUUUAUAAAAUCUCCAAGAAACCAGACGGUACUUUAGCUUCAGCAAUUAAAGCUUUAGAAUUUUCAAAGCGGCAUACCGAAGAUGUUGUUGGCAUGGAUAUUGCAUCUACAGGAAAAUAUAUUAUUACAUGCAGUAAACUAAAUGAUCUUAUAGUAUGGGAUCUUAAAGGACAAGUGCUUGCAAUUAUAGAAUUGCAUCUUGGAUCAACCUACCGAGCACGAAUAUCACCCUGUGGACGUUUUAUCGGCACAUCCGGAUUUACUCCAGACGCAAACAUAUGGGAAGUAAUAUUUAGUAAAUCAGGAGAAUUUAAACAAGUAGCAAAAGCUUUUGAUCUUGGUGGUCACUCAUCUGGAAUACUUGAUUUUACUUUUAGUGCUGAUAGUAGUUGUAUGGCUACUGUAUCGAAAGAUGGAACUUAUCGUUUAUACGACACAAAAAUUGAAUUUGAAAAAGGAGAAGAUCCUCAUUUACUUCAAACUGGACCAUGGGAAAACACAACAACGGCUAAUAUUGCGCUAUCUCCUAAUACAGAAGUAUUAGCGAUAGCUCAUGGAUCUUCAUUAAGUUUUUAUUCUACAAUUACUGGCUUGUUGGAUGCGACUAUAGAAGAUAUUUUUCUAGGACCUAUUACGUGCCUAACUUUUGAUGCUAUGGGAGAAUAUAUUUUAGUCGCUGGAGAUAGACAUAUAAAAGUUUUCCAAAAUAUUACUGGUUAUCGAGUAGCAAUCGAAUCUGCAACACGUAAACUUACGCAGAAGCAAACGUCAGCUACAAAAGAACGUUUAGAAAAACUUAUUGAAGACAACAGAAAAUUUCUACAAGCAAUGGGAGAAAAGUGUCCUUAAUCAAUUAAACAUAAAUUCUUUCUAAGGAAAAUGAUUUUGAAGUUACAUUUAAAACAGAUUAUUUGUAACAUAAUUUUUUAAUGUAUUUGAAUAAAGAGAUUCAUACGCAAA